UACGAGAGUAAUUUGCAUAUUAAAUAGUAGAAAUUUUAAGAAAGCUUUCAUUAAUAGAACAGCUCCUGCAAACUGAAGGAUAAAUGACUCUAUCAGAUGCCAAGUGAUGAACGGCGCAGUCUCUAUUAAUCCUUUCUACCUAUAUAUAAAAGGAGAACUUUUAAAAGCAGAGACAAUCGCAUAAACUUAGGAAAGUAAAAAUGUAUUUUAAACUAUUAUUCUUCGUUUUUCUCCUCGUAAUCUUUAAAGUAUUAGAAGUUCAGACUAGAAGCUAUUACAAACAUAAUUGGUGGAAGAGACGUGUAAUUGUACCAAUUUCAAAUAACGGCGAUGAAUUAGUAGAUUAUGAUAAGCGAUAUGGAUGGAAUUUAAAUCAAGUUACAAGUCCUAAAAAAUUCGACUUUACUAAAUUCGACUUAGAGAGUAUUAUACAAGAUGGAACAAGCUUGUCUGGAGCCGAAAAAAUAUCUAGAAAUAAUAGAGAAAUGGGAAAUGAUCGACUAACAAGUGAAGUAAUGACAAUCUGUAAGAAAUGUGAUUUGUGUCAAAUUUCCAGUCAAGAACAUAAAAAUCAAUUAAUUUGCCCAUCAAGAGAUGAAGAGGACCGUUUGGUCUGUAUAGACAUCAUCAAGCUUUGUGAUGGUAACAGCGACUGCCCUUUGGGAGAAGAUGAACUACCUGCAGAAUGUCUUUUCUAUCAAGCAAUCACAUUCCAGAUGAAUAUGUUGGAGAAUUAUAUCAAGUUCUUUCACGGAUAGAUAUAAAAUAUUGUUUUCCUUUUUUUUCUUCAGCUUAUCUUUAUCUAUUGUACAACAUAUGUUAUUCCUUUAAUAAAGUCUUCAAG